UACACAGCCAAAAAUCCACGGGAACGUUUCAGGCCCGUGGGGAAAAUCAGCUGAAUACAGGCCGGAAUACGGGCCUGUAUGCAGAUGUAUUCGCCCACGGCCUGCUUACAUCCUGGAACCACAGGCCCGUUACAGCACGUACAUCCUGUCCUGAAUACAGCCCGUAAAUAACGGGCCUGUUUCAGCCUGUACCACCCACGUCCUGCUUACAGCCUGUGCAGCCAGUGUAUGCGCAUGCGCAGAGAGAAAAUUGCUUAGCUACGAAAUCCACCAAGAGACUGAAAAGGUGCUUCUCGUUCAGUUGCAGCUUUAAAGGAUGGAUGGAGUAAUUAUAUUAUUUAUGGAGCUGACUGCCAAGGCCAGCUAGCAAGAAAAAGAGAGAGAGAGAGGAACUGCUAGAUGUCUCUGCAAUUCUUCUCUCACUGUCUCUAGGAGUCUAGCUCUAUAGGCUACAAGAUCUGGUUGCCUCGUUGUUGACUUCUUCUACAAUGUUAUAAGAAUACACAUCUAAAAAGGAGGAUAUGCACCUCUACAACGACUACUAAAUAGAUUGCCAAGGAAAGAGAGAGGCUGAGGCCUUGUGAAGGAGGCUAGAACAAAGCUUGCAACCCGAGCUCUGCAACCCGAGUAGUUGGGCGGAGCCCGACCGUCCCUGACGGGAGGUCGGGUUGCAAGCCUAUCUGGAAUUUGUUCUGCGCAUUAUGUAGUACUGCUAUGAAUAUUAUUAUUCUCAAGUGGGUGUUAACCGACUUGAUGACGUUGUAAACCACAGGAUGGCACAGCAAUACUGCAUGCGGUUUUGCAACUAGAUGCAAGCGGAAGUGUAACCAAGCCACGUGAAAAAUGCUGCAAUCUGAUAGGGCGCCACUAUAGUGGCGCUAGAACAAAUCCCAGAUAGGCUUGCAACCCGACCUCCCGUCAGGGACGGUCGGGCUCCGCCCAACUACAACCCGAGGAGACGGUCGAGCCACGCCCAACUAGGAUAGCUACAGUAUAGCGGGUAAUUUUCGUGGGCAAAAUAUUCGUGGUUUUCGUGGUUGGAGGUCUGACAACGAAUAUUUUACCCACGAAUGAAGCGACCUUGCUACCUUUACGUACCUACAAUCCAAGCAGCAACCACAAAAAUAUUACCCACGAAAUGUCUCAAUAUAGAGGUUAUGCAGAUCCGCCCACUUCCGGCCAAAACUCCCUAAAAACUCAUUAAUUAGGGGGCGUGGUUACAUACGUCCGCCAUUUUGAGUGGCAAAAAGCGCGCACAAGUGGCAAGCAGUGCAAUGUUAUUUGCAAAAGUUUGCAGCUCUACUAUGGCUGAGUACGAGUGUGAUGCAGGGAGAGUCUCCAACUACUUUCAAGAACUAGAAUAGGGUGCUAUAAAGCUAUCAUGUCAAGAAAAGGAGCAUAAACAACAAGACAAUGGAUAGCCUCGAUUCCAAGCCGCUGAGAAAGACGGCCUGGUAUACACUGUUUACGCAUGCACCAGAAUUACCCAGAAUCUGGGUAAUCGUAAAUUGCAGUAUAUUUAUCAGUAUUCUUAUUCCGCAUUAGUUUGUAAAACAUUGAUAUCCGUUUCAUUUAUAAUGAUGUCAUUGAAAAAAGAAAUCUAGUCCAAGUUGUGUAUGUAAUGGCUGCUACCUUCUCAUCUGCUCUUGCGUAUGCGUUAUCCUGUGUUGGAAAACCAGGUCUAGUCUUGAAAGACAAGCAGCUGGAGGCGUUGAAGUGUCUGUACGCUGGUGUUUAUGUGGGUACCGUACCGACCGGCUAUGGCAAGUCCCAGAGAGCAAGUCCAUCUGCUUUCCAGACACUCCCUUUCUUGAUUGAUGUAAAGCUUGACAGGACCAGUGCACCUCUCUCUGAAAGAAGUGUUGUGAUGGUGAUUUCUCCUCUUGUUUCUCUGAGUGAAGCCAUCUUCAAAGUGUUGGUGUGUCUGUUCGACGUUCAGUGCCAUUCUCUCUGGAAGGAAGUAUUGUUGUGACAUUUGCCGAAAAUUGGUCACAGAGUAAGUACGUGGUAUCUGAUCCGAGAACUGUGUGGCCUGAAUGUGUUUACAAUCCGAGGGACUUGUUGCUUGAGUGUGUAUCCGGACUUGUUGCUUGAGUAUGUAUUAAUGGAUAGUGCUUUCAAUGGUUUAACUAAUUUCUUAUGAGAGUAACUUGUCGCCUGAGUGUGUAUCCGAUUCGAGCCUCAAGUUAAUGAAUAAAUGUACAGAGCUGAUGUUUUACUUAGCUGUCUCUGUCUACAGUAUAUACAGAGAGGUAGCCUCUCCUUUUUCUUUUUUCUGUUCUUUAUCACAAUAAGAUAAAAUACUGUUUUAACGUUCAAUGAGAUAAAAUACGGUAAAUAAUAAAUUAAUUGUCCACCCACGCGCCAACAGUAAAUACCAGGCCCACUAUUCAAGGGGCUGGAGUCGAGGCUAGACAAUGGAUAAACCAUGCAAACCAAUUGACUGAAUUGUAGAUUUAUAGAGCUGCACACACAUGUCUAUUGCACUGAUUUCUGUUUCCAUAUCAUGUUUAUGUUCAGUAUCUCUGGAGAGAGAGCGUCUUGACUCUUUCUGCCUGUGAUAGAGUGAAUAACAAAACGGUAGUUUUGCAACUUUUGUGCUCCCCAUUCUUUCUAAUUCUCUUGACUGCAGCUACCCAUCAACUAUGGCAUUCUAGAUAUAGCAAUACAAUGAUAGUCUUGAUCCUUUAGAGUGUCUGAUUGCAUUACCAACAGUAGCCUCGAGACCAGCCGUUCGUUAUCUGAAAGAUUUCUUGGACCGGUAAUUGCCCACAAAGGUCCGCCCAAGGUGUAUUACCCAUGAAUAUCAUUAUGAUGCUAUAAAACGCUGACUCAGCUAGAACGAGUGCUACAUUGGCAGAAUUACUCUACACCUACCUCGUGCUCGAUUAUAGCUACCUGUGUUUAAAGAUACCUGAGUUUAAAGAUGUCUUCUCCCUCUGGUUCCAUCUCUCCUACACCGAGGGACACACCCGCCGACCUGGUGGCCCUCAACGAAAGGCUCUCCACCCUCGAGCAGGCCCUGGCUGCAGCUCAACAGACUCACCAGCCUCAUCACCGUACCAUAGACAGCGGAAUGCCGUCCGCAGCCACCCUUGGAUUACCUACCUUCCAAGCUGACUCCUCCCCAACCAUGCUCCUGCCCCCCUCUGCCAGCAUCCGACCCCCACCCCUGGUCCCCACCCACCCCACAGCGCUCCCACCUGCUCCCACUACCAACCCUCUCGCGGGCUUCCCGGACAUUCCAACCAUCCCCCCCAAACUACUCGACACGAUUCUCUCCUGGCAGUACACGGACCUCUCGGAGCUGCUGCCCGAUCAGCUUCGCUCCAGCUCUUCCACCACAGACCAACAAAUCGUCCUUUUCCCUCAACGUAGCUGGGAAAGCCAGAAGAAACGAAAAAGACAAAUAAUCGAUAUCGCCACAUGGGUGCAGCUGUAUAGCACCUACAUCCUAAUCCUCUCGUCCAGACACCCGCAAGCCUUACCAGAAUUAAUAGCAUAUCAAUUAUUUAUCGUCAAAGCAGCAAAGAAGUUUAGGUACCCCUCUUGGCUGUACUACGAUACAGAGUACCAGAAAUGGGCCGCCGCAACACACUGCCAAGAGUGGUCCACCAUUAACACCCAGCUAUACUCCCUCGCCUUUACCGAACAAGGCAACCCUGUGUCGUGGUGCCCGAUAUGCCAGGUCGACGGAGGAAACCACACCUUUGACUGGCUCUGCUACAUUGGAACUUGACCAGGCGUUCUUUCAGAUAACGAACGGCUGGUCUCGAGGCUAUACCAACAGUGUAGCAGCUCUAACCGGCACUCAAAAUGGCGGACAUAUGUAACCACGCCCCUUUCCCAAGAGUUUUAUGUGGCCACACCCCUUUUUGGCCAGAAAUGGGCGGAUCUGCAUAACCUCUAACCACGAAUAUUUUGUCCCCCGAAAAUUACCCGCUAUUACGGUAUAUAUCUACAGAGGAGGUUGGACUCCGCCCAACUAGGUACAUGCAUCAUAUAUCAGGUAAAGGGUCGACACACAAGAUGAUAAAUACCAGUAGAAGCAUAAUUUUAUUGCUGCUGAUAUAUCUGCUACUGUCCCAGGAUGCUCCACCAUCAGGUAAACUCAUCACACAUCGACCCACCACUGUCCAGCAACCGCAAGGCCCUGGCCCAGUUGACCAGCCUGGAGCUUCUAGUGUCCCCCCAGGUCCUCUCCUCCUAUCAAGAGGUUAGUAACAAAACGUGAGCUGGUGUUUGUGUUCAUGCGUGUAGCCUGGCGGCUGCGUACUAGGGACAUGGCUGCUAUCAGGAUGGUAUGGAAGGAGAGAAUCGACCCAGCACUGUACGAUAAUGGACGCUUCCCUCAGGAGGGGGAGAAACUAUCACCACCCAUAAUAUAGUCACUCAGUGAUGGUAUUACAGAGGAAAUACGGCCUUAGGGGAUGCUUGAAUUUGUGUGUUGAUGGAUUUGUGUUUUUUCCCUGUAGAUGGUGGAACUAACGUAUGAUUACAAGGUCAAAGUUCACAGCUUCCCUGCGAAUAAAAUGAGAGUACCAGGAGACAAAAAGUCAUCUCUGAACAUUAUUAGACACACUCACCACAUGUCCCCAUCCACCAUUGUGUAACAUUAUUUAAUAUUCUCGAGCAUGUCUGUGAUCUACCAGGAGCACAAGGAUGAGGACGGGUUCGUGUACAUGGCCUACAGUAGAGAGAACAGUAUGGGCUGAACUCAAGAGACACUAUGAACUUGUUCCCCCUAACCCUGUGCCUGUGUGUGUGUGUCCACCCACCUAUUACAUAAUUAUGCUGAUUUAUGCAAUGUAACUUUAUUCAAUUGAUAUGUUUUGAUGAGUACAGACAAAAAUAAUUCAUAAUUAAUUGCACUGA